AUGGUAGGAGUAGGAACGCUGACGUUUAAAAUUAAUGGGAUUGCACACGUAAAUAUCAAGAAAUAUCAAGAAAUAUCCAAAAAUAUCCAGAAAUGUCCAGAAAUGUUUCAACAACGUCGAAUUUGUCUAGCAAAACCGUGCCCAGUAAAUCUCGCAUUACUGUUCAAAUGGAAUCAGUUGCUUAAUUACAUUACAAUCUCUCUUGUGAAAUACAAUCACCUAAAAGUGAAUGAACAAAAAAACAUCAAUGAUCACAUAAACAACAACAUCAACAUUAACAUCAACAACAUCAACAACAACAUCAGCAACAACAUCAACAACAACAUCAGCAACAACAUCAACAACAACAACAUCAACAACAACAGCAAUAACAUCAACAACAACGUGAAUAGCAACUUUAAAAUUAAUCACGUGGUACUCACCAACCCUUCACCUCUGACGUUCAUCUACAUCUAA